GGGAAAGAGCAUCGAGGGGGAAAACCCGCCUCGUUCCUGUGGCCCUCGGAGCCGCCGCCAUGUCCAGCUCCUCCUCGCAGACCCCUCCUCACCACCCGCCCGCGCAGAGGAUGCGCCGCGGGGCCGCCGGGUCCCCCACCAGCGGCAGCGCCGGAGCCUCCUCAGUCGGUAGUAGCGGGGCCGGAGCAGCAGCAGCAGGAGGAGGAAGCGGCGGCGGCGCCCCCGGUGGCAGCUCGGGGACUAGCCGGCUGCUCCAGCCUAUCCGCGCCACCGUCCCUUACCAGCUCCUCAGGGGCAACCAGCACAGCCCCACUCGCUCUCCCGCCGCUUCAGCCUCGGUGGGGAGCAACACCGGCCCCGGGGGGCCUCGCGGAGCAGCGGCGGCGGCAGGAGGAGGCGGCAACAACGGCGGCAGCAGCCCGCCCCCGCCCAGCUCGACCCCUCCGUUGUCCCUCGCGGUUGCCACCUCCUCGCCAGGAGCAGGCGGCGCGGCGGAGCCCGGGAGGGUGAAGGUGAGGCAGAGGCGCUCGCCCGACAGCAGCAGCGGCAGGCGGAGGAGCAUCUCACCUGAGAGGAGGAGCCCCAGUUCGCCCAUCUACAGAGUGGACAGGCCAAAAGCCCAGCAAAUUAGAACUUCUAGCACCAUAAGACGUACCUCUUCUUUGGACACAAUAACGGGACCUUACCUCACAGGACAGUGGCCACGAGAUCCCCACAUACACUAUCCUUCAUGCAUGAAGGAUAAAUCCACUCAGAUUGCCAAAUUGAGACAGCAGCUCCAGCGCAGUAAACAGAGUAGUCGUCACAAUAAAGAAAAAGAACGUCAGUCGCCUCUCCAUGGCAACCAUAUAGCAAUCAAUCAGACUCAGGCUUCUAUAUCGAGAUCAGUCCCUAUGCCGCUCUCAAAUAUUUCAGUGCCAAAAUCAGCUGUUUCGCGUGUGCCGUGCAAUGUAGAAGGAAUAAGUCCAGAGCUAGAAAAGGUGUUCAUCAAAGAGAACAGUGGAAAGGAAGAACUGUCCAAGCCCUUGGAUAUUCCUGAUGGCCGAAGAGCUCCCUUACCUGCUCACUAUCGUAGCAGCAGCACGCGUAGCAUCGAUACACAAACACCUUCUGUGCAAGAGCGCAGCAGCAGCUGCAGCAGCCAUUCCCCAUGCAUUUCUCCUUUUUGUCCUCCUGAGUCUCAGGAUGGGAGUCCUUGUUCCACAGAAGACAUGCUGUAUGACCGUGACAAAGACAGUGGGAGUAGCUCACCGUUGCCCAAGUAUGCCUCCUCUCCUAAACCCAACAACAGCUACAUGUUCAAACGAGAGCCCCCAGAGGGAUGUGAGCGAGUGAAGGUCUUUGAGGAAAUGUCGACUCGUCAGCCUGUCUCAGCCCCUCUCUUUUCAUGUCCUGACAAAAACAAGGUUAAUUUCAUCCCAACCGGAUCAGCUUUCUGUCCUGUAAAACUUCUGGGCCCUUUACUACCUGCUUCUGACCUGAUGCUCAAAAGCUCUCCAAACUCUGGUCAAAGCACAGCUUUGAGUACUCUGACUGUUGAGCAGCUUUCAUCUCGGGUCUCUUUCUCCUCUCUGUCAGACGACACCAGCACAAUGGACUCUACAGAGGUUUUAGUACAACAGCCAUCCCAGCAGCAGCCACCACAGCUUUUGCAAGAACUGCAGUCCGAUGAACACUCCUCUCCUCAAAAUUACGUGAUAAUCUAGAUGAGCAAAGGCAGAGGGACGGUCUAAAACUCAACUGCAUGAGUGGCACUUUUCUGGAACAAAACAAAGCUACUUAUCAGCAUCUUUCUGCAUUUCAGUGCUGUUCUUGGCAGGGACAAAAAUGCAUUCAGCAUUUUUGUGUGUGUGUGAGUUUGCGGGGGGGGGGAGCAGAAUGCUUGCAGAAUCUGUGUAUCAUUAAGCAUUUUAAGUGGAGACUAUGCAUUUCAUAGAAUGUUUGACCAGAUUAGUACUUUGUCCUGUGUUCUGUUUCAAAUUCUACAGUAUAAAUAAGCUCUAUAUCAAACAAAGGUUGCCUGUCUAAAUAGAAAAUGUCUUGCUGUGUUGUAUUCUAUGGAAAAUACUGUACUUCAGGAUUAUGUUUACAAUUUAUCCAGGUAUUUAUGUUUUGAACUUCUGUAAUACAUACAAUGCAAAAAAAAAAUAUGGCCACAACAGUUGCACAGUGUCCCCACCCUAUAUGGCCUAGCUUCAGGUACUUCUCUCGAAGUCUAAACUCAGGUAACUUGGAAUGUAUAUCAUAUUGGGAUAUAAAAUAUUUUACAGCUAAAAAGCUAAAGAGGGAUCAUCACUCUUCUGCCUUUCCUUAUUUUAUGCAUUAAUAUUUCCUCAUUACAUUCCACUUUCUUGGAAAAAGUGCAUUCAGAUCUAGGGGGAUACGAACCCUGGGCAUGGGUGAACAUGAGGAGAACCAGCAAAUCUGUGGUGUGCUGCAUCACAUUGUCAUGUAGUUACAAGUAAAACAAAAAAACUAAACUGUUGCAUUUGCCAUCGUUUCAGCUUGUAAAUUGUGGCAUUUUAAAGUUUCAGGUGUUUGCACAGUUAAUGACUGUUAAGCUGUUGUGAAUAAAGUGUUCAGUUUUAGGCUGCACAUAAGAAACAUUCCAUGACGUGUGUGUGUGAGAGAGAGAGGCUCUAAGGCAAGAAUGUUUUUGUUUAAUUUCAGCAAAUUCAUUCCCCCCUCCCCCCAGGUUUCAGAGGGGGUGGUGGGAAUUUCCUCUCGCUUUUGCGUUGGCAAGUUAUAAGGAUGUGAAAUGCUACUGUCACCAUUUUAGGAGUCUUAAUUAAUGUUUAGUUUCUCUUUCGGAGGAAAUGUUCCAUUCACAUGCUGGUUGCAAAAAA